ACAGCACACCUGAGCCAAGAGAAGGUUCGCAGUCGAAUACCCAUGAGCUGACCCCUAAACAAUGGCAUGUUGGAUUCGAAGAAGACUUGAACCUACCAACAAUUACACUAGCGUCCAUCAAAUUGUACGACGGCAUGCAAAUGCCCGAAUUGAUUGAGAAUCUGCCUCCAGCACCUGACUUGCAACUUCCACAGCAACCAAGCGAAACGUUCACCUUUGAUUUCCUCAGAAGGGUGCUUGGAGGCAAAGCAGUGUCCAGUGGUUGGUGGGUAGUUCCACCAAAGACCAGAGAAAAGCGCCUUUUCCCGAAGUUAAAGUCGUUCAGAACUUUGAAUUCCGACUACGAUCCAUUGCUGCCACGUCGUCCGGGAGAGCAUGGUGCACAACUCUCAUGUAUUCUGGCAGAAGUUGACGAUGAGCACCUUACAUUUCCCCUGUUCAUUCGUUGUGGGCAAGGCGGCUACAAAUACUAUGGCACAUACCGAGAACCUCGCUAUUCUGACCGUCUUGGUGGAAAUGAGAUGAGACAGGUCCCAGAGUACGUCAAGAAGCACUGGGCCUCGCAAAUCGGUGCCAUGCGUCGUGACGGCAAGAUCCCAAAGCACAACGAUGCCAUGCGAGCAGCAUGGCCCAAAGUUCCUGUGGGCUGGCUGACCGACAACUACAAAAGGCUCAUCCCGUAUCAGGAAAAGCUCCAUGACGAUUUCGAAGAGUACCCCGUUACUCGACCAAUUACCGCCGACGAAGCUGAUGAAGUCGGAGAAGGUGAGAUAUUAAAAGCCUUCGAAACUGUAGGUCGUAUAAUUAUUGCGUUUAAUUUGACGUGCUACGCUAAUAAGUCAAGGCCGAUACUGAUACUGCCCCAUCGAUGAGAUUUUUCUACGAAUACCUGCAAUGCGUCGGCUAUGAUCAUGAUUUCUACAAAAAGCUUGUUGCCAAGAAACUGGAGCUUGGAGUCUGAUCCCGUCAAGGCUAGAGUUCCUAGUGUACAAAUAGCCUAUCAUAAAUCGCCUGUGCUUUCCAGCUUUGAGAAGUUUACUGCUUCUUAAUUCCGUCGAUCAGUUUCAUCAUUUCCUGUUCUGCAAGCACCUCGGCAAACUUUGCCUGCAUGUCGAACAGCUAG